GGGACGGAGCGCGGACUCAGAGCAACGUUAACGCGCACGUUCGCGUCCGCGGUGUAUCGUACUCGCGUAUGUUCAGUGUUGUCGUACAUUUUGGUAACUGAAAUUUUGUGGUUUGCGUUUUUAUUUGUUACUGAGAAAAUUGUAUCUGCUGUUUGAUUUUCGAAGCUGUAUCAUUUGUAACGAUGUGAGAACGGGACAGUGUGUGUUACUAAGUCAUUUCUUGCUGCCAAACAAAAAAUGUGUUCGUUAAAAUGUUUCACCACGAUGUACAUUAAUUAACUAGAACGUUCAAGUUUUUGUUCAAAGCUUCAGUGGUUAACGUUAACUGACUUUUUGUCUUACUGGACUUGGAUAGACUAACUACAGUUAAGAUUAAAUAAUGGAACACUGUUCAACAGUACAAAAAGGUGUCAGUGCAAAAAACUACAAUGAAAACUAGGCUGAAUAAAAUAACUGUUGCUAUCAGUGAAUAGAAAAAAAAAUGAAAAGAUUUAAAAAGUGUUCAAAUUGAAUUUGGAGUGUUCGAAAAUGGCGGUGUGGGUGUGGUUGGCGGCAUUGCUGUGUGGCUCUCAAGCUGCAGUGCUACCACCACCAUGGGCUGAUGUAAAGAGGAAUCCGUGUGCAGCACUGCCAAGAGGAUGGCUCAUGCUGUACUGGCCAAAGGACGGAAAAUGCUACACCAUUUAUAAGAAAGGACACCCAUGUGCAGAAACCCAAGAACUGAGUCCAGGACGAUGGGGCGGACGAACUAUAGCGGAGUGCAAAUGUCCUCCCGGCACCGCCCAGCUCCCUCACACCAACACUUGCCAUAAACUCUUCGAGAAGGGUCCCUGUAGGCCAGGGGAGUACUUCGCACCCGUCGAGGAGUCAUUCAACAAAAGAGGUGAACGCCAAGGUAUGUGCGUGAGACCUCAACAGUGCGCUGAUGAGACCUUGGUCUACUGGCCUGCUGACGGUAAAUGCUACUACCGGAGUACUCAAGGUCCUUGCUACCCUGGGUCAGUACUGGAAGCUGGAGAAGAUGGCAUUGCUAAUUGUUCAUGUGAAAUCUCCGGUCCUCACUACUGGCCUGCUGAUGGUAGCUGCUACCCCCAUUAUACAAGAGGUCCCUGUGAGAAGGGACAGUUAUUCCUGCCGGGACCAAGGUGUGGCUGCGAGAGUCAUCUACCUCAUUAUCAUAAUGAAACUGGAGCUUGUUAUGAAUUAGAUUCUCUGGGCCCAUGUCCAAGAGGUCACACGUUCUCCAUAGCCGAGGUUGCUCCGCACGGCUCCCGAGCUGAAUGUAGAUGCAAGAGCUUCCAUGCUCGUGCUUCUGAUGGAGUGUGUUAUCGACUGUACACCAGAGGACCCUGCGCCCAAGAUGAGAUGAUUGCUAGAGGCGGACGAUGUACUAAGGUGCCUUGCGCUAGAGGUCGUCUGUAUGUACCAGAACGUCGUCGCUGUUAUCGACCUGGUACUCCUGAACCAUGUCCAGCUGGUGAAGUCGUGGCUUUCGACUUUGAAGCUCGACCAGCGAUAGACGGACUAAGCCAUAAUGGGGUGUGUGCGUGUGGAAAUGGGGCUUGCAGUCGGCGCGAGGUGCGUUUAGACGUGGAAGCCUGCACCACACGUCGUGGCACAGCCCCCUACAAUGGAACCUGUCACAUCCUGAACACACAAGGUCCUUGUCCAGAGAACUCCUGGCUCAUGAGAGACCAUAAAAACAACAUCAGGUGUAAGUGCAUGCCAGGGAGGAUCCCGCCCAACUGUGACGAAGAUACCAGAGUGACUGUUAAGAGUUGAUAUAGUGACAGUGGAUAAUAAACUCAAGUUUAAUUAACAGACAGUUUAUUGUUGAAUAGCCGGGCUUUCCUAGAGAUGUUGGACAUGUUUGAAGAACAGAUAGCAUGUGACGUGUCUUUUAGGGUACAAAAGGGCCAAUUCUAGACUAAAAUCGUUCCCACCCCAUCCCUCAAUCAGAAAAUACGUUGUCAUAGGAGGAUAAGGGAUUUAUACGAGGUUGUGAACAUUUCGUUAUUUAACUGCGAGUUAGUUUUUAGCUACGAGAUUUCGAGGUAAUUCAAGAUUUUUAAGUGAACUAGGAUAAGACCAGUCUUAUCCUGUCGAAUGUAAAUUAUCAAAUGAUCAAACAGAAGUCGUAUUUAUUGUAAGUUUCUUAGUUUUGUAAGUAGUAUUGUACGUUUCAAUUUGUACAUACAUACAUAGAUUAUAACUUAGUUAUGUAUAAAAUUAAAUACGUAAAGGACUACAAUUAAGUAGGUUGAAAUGAAAAUAAAUUAAAUAGAACUUAUUUAAUUUAAAACAUGAAAUUCUUAUUUAUGCAUUUAUAACUGGCAUUCUUUUGUAAUCCAUUUUUAUCAUAAAAACGAGACGACAUUAUGUAUGAAUGGCGUGGGAUGAAAAAAAAUAAAAGAAAUCAAAUAUUUUUU